GAGAGAGAGAGAGAGAGAGAGAGAGAGGCGCUCUUCUUCGCUGCUAUUACAGUGUUUCUCUCUUCUCUCUACUCUUUAUAAAACGGCUUCCGUCGUCAAUGGCGUGAACCUAGAAAAAAAAUUAAAACUCUCAUUCUUCUCUCUCUCUCUCUCUUCUCCAUCGUUUUCACACUUUUCUCGCCGCCCUUUAUCCUUAUCCGAUAAACCCAUCAAAACCCACAAACCCCAACAAUACACAGUUUCUUUCUUUUCUUCUAUUUAAUAAAAUCCAGAGCCGUCGGGAAAAACAAACCCAACCGCUGGUGCUACUCUCAGGACGACUAGUUGAUUUUACACUUAAGAGAAAGUUUUUUUUGGUUUUGAAAUCGGAAGGAAGAAGAUGAAGUACGUGCUUGUGACAGGCGGUGUUGUGAGUGGAUUAGGCAAAGGAGUAACAGCUAGUAGUAUUGGUGUUCUCCUUAAAGCUUGUGGUCUUCGUGUUACUUCUAUCAAAAUCGAUCCUUAUCUAAACACUGAUGCUGGAACCAUGUCUCCAUUUGAGCAUGGUGAAGUGUUUGUCUUGGACGAUGGUGGUGAGGUGGAUCUUGAUCUUGGAAACUACGAGAGGUUUUUAGAUAUUAAAUUAACCAGAGACAAUAACAUCACUACUGGGAAAAUUUACCAGCAUGUUAUUGCUAAAGAGAGGAAAGGAGAUUAUUUGGGAAAGACUGUUCAGGUUGUUCCUCAUGUCACUGAUGCAAUUCAAGAUUGGAUUGAGAGAGUUGCGGUUAUUCCUGUUGAUGGAGAAGAGGAUCCUGCUGAUGUUUGCGUUAUUGAAUUAGGGGGAACUAUAGGUGAUAUUGAAUCUGCACCUUUUAUCGAAGCGCUAGGCCAAUUCUCUUACCGUGUAGGCCCAGGGAAUUUCUGUCUGGUCCAUGUCAGCCUCGUGCCUGUGCUUAAUGUUGUUGGUGAACAGAAAACUAAGCCAACACAGCAUAGUGUCCGAGGACUACGAGGCUUGGGCUUGACGCCAGAUAUCUUAGCUUGUCGGAGCACAAAGGCACUUGAAGAUAAUGUGAAAGAGAAACUAGCUCAAUUCUGCCAUGUCCCGCUUGAGUAUAUCUUCACUCUCUAUGAUAUUCCCAACAUUUGGCAUAUUCCUUUGUUGCUAAAGGAGCAGAAAGCUCACCUGGCAAUCUCAAAAGUGCUCAAUCUUGCUAGUAUUCUUAAAGAGCCUUCUCUAGGGGAAUGGACUUCCAGAGCUGAAUUAUGUGACAAUUUACAUGUGCCGGUGAGAAUCGCUGUUGUGGGGAAAUAUACAGGCCUCUCCGAUGCUUAUCUCUCAGUCUUGAAGGCUCUCUUACAUGCUUCUGUGGCUUGUCGCAAAAAGCUCGUAGUUGAUUGGGUUCCAGCUUGUGAUCUCGAAAAAGAAACUGAGAAAGAGAAUCCAGAUGCGUAUAAAGCUGCUUGGAAGUUGCUAAAGGGAGUAGAUGGAGUUCUUGUCCCUGGAGGUUUUGGUGAUAGGGGAGUGGAAGGGAAGAUUCUUGCUGCAAAAUAUGCUCGUGAAAACAAAAUCCCUUUCCUUGGUAUUUGUCUCGGUAUGCAGAUUGCUGUCAUCGAGUUUGCACGAUCAGUUCUCUCCUUGCACGAUGCCAACAGCACAGAGUUUAAACCCGAAACCAAACAUCCCUGCAUCAUUUUCAUGCCUGAGGGUUCAAGAACUCAUAUGGGAGGCACUAUGCGCUUAGGAUCAAGAAAAUCAUUCUUCAAUGUCAAAGACAGCAAAUCCGCAAAACUAUACGGGAACAAAACCUUUGUCGAUGAGAGGCAUCGCCAUAGAUAUGAGGUGAAUCCUGAUAUGGUUGAACGCCUUGAGAAGGCUGGUCUCUCUUUUGCUGCAAAAGAUGAAACUGGCAAACGCAUGGAGAUCAUUGAACUCCCGAAUCAUCCUUUCUUUAUUGGUGCUCAAUUCCACCCUGAGUUCAAAUCCAGACCCGGGAAAGCUUCUCCUCUAUUUUUAGGACUCAUUGCAGCAUCGUGUGGGGAGCUAGACACAGUCAUGAAUCCAGCAGCUGUUCAUCAACAUCUGAUUAGUAGUAACUGUCCAAAAAACGUUUUUGUCAAUGGAAGCUUAAAGAAAUCUCCCAAUGGCGUCGCUGAUGUAAGAUAUAACAACGGCUACUGCAAUGGCCUCUACACUAGAUAGAUAGCUUGCAUUAGCCGAGUUCUCUACCGCUUUCUCUCUUCAUUAGAAUUGCUUCGUCUUUCGAUUUUAGUUUGGAUUUUGGUUUGCUUUUCUUUUUUUCAUAAUGUUAGGAUUUUUUCCUCUGUACAUAUGAUCCAAAGCCUUUUUGUUCAGGUUGUGUUAGACUCUUUUUAACAGACUUAUGUUCUGGAAAAGACUCUAGCUUGAAACGUCUGAAAAUGGCGGUUGAUUCCCCUGGUUUGUUUGAUUUUUUUUUCUCAUCGAAAGGGGAGUUCAUAUGAUCAUAUGUAUUGCUGGAACAUUUUGUAUCUUGGUUUGGUCUGAAUGUGAAAGACGACGCAUUUGAUAAAUAAAACUCUUAGCAAGACUUUAUGAAAUAA